CCAGCCGCCGUGUGCCAAGCCCGCGCCCCAUGGCUUUUUUCUUCUCCUCCGCUUUGUCCAUCUUCUUUUUCUUCUUCACAUUCAACGCAAGGAAACCUCUCAGCCCUCCGCGACUUGUCUCCGGAUAGGUCCAUGGAGGCUCUGGCUGUUCUGCCGAUACUCUCGGCCGCUUGCCAGACUGAUUCUGCACACGUUUGAGCCUCUACACGAUUUACACAUGGGGUGCUGAGGUAUAGGGUUGCUGCUACAUUCAUCCGUCUUGUACACACAUCUGCAUGGGCAGGUCUGUUAUUCUCUUAUAUAAUGCUGCCCUGCAUCACGAGCGGUACCGUCAACUAUGCACUGUUCAUCAUGUACGAAUCAUGACUUGUUAUGUGACCUGUGGCGGGGGAAACCGUAGCCAGAUCGAACAUUCGAGUUUGUAUGCUGUCACACUAAUAUGAUACAUCAUGAGCUAUGGCAAGUCUCGAAAAAUCAGGUGCUCGUGUGCUUGGCUAUGUACCAUGUCGUGUGUAUAAUGUAGGUUGCUUAUACUAUUCUUCAAAUCCAUGCAGUAGAGUGAGAUUCAGAUGUUCUUACGUGUUACACAUGUAGUUAGCUCAGCCUUGCGGCUCCAAAUCCAAACUAGGUGUCCUCAAGCUGUCCUAACAACCACACCAACACCUCAACCCUCAUCUGCCCGAACAAUGAUUCAGGGCAUCCUCCAGCGUCUGGCCCGGUGGCUCGACCGCCCGCUGUUCCCGUGGAAGAAGCUCGUCUUCGGCUUCAGUCUUGCUGAAUUCGCGCUCGAGAACUGGCUCCUGUUCCGCCAAUACCGCGUCCUGAACAAGACAGCCGUACCAAAGGCCUUGGAAAAGGAAAUUGAUCAAUCUACAUUCGACAAAUCUCAGGCAUACGGUCGCGCAAAAGCAAAGUUCGGUUUCGUCUCUGGCCUUUUCAACCAACUCAAAUCUCUCGCCGUUCUCUACUUCAACGUCUAUCCCAUUGUGUGGGGCGUCGCUGGCACCAUCCUCGCUCGUUAUGGCCCGGCUCGCUUCUCCGGCGAAAUCGUGCAGUCUUUGCUGUUCGUUUACCUUUUCGGUCUAAUCGAUACCGUACUCGGCCUGCCGUUUGCAUACUACCAUAGCUUUGUCUUGGAAGAAAAGUUCGGCUUCAACAAGAUGACUGUCAAACUUUGGGUUACGGAUAUGAUCAAGGGACAAGCUCUUGCGAUUGCCUUCGGUCUCCCCAUCGGUAGCGCGUUCCUGGCCAUCAUCAAGAAGACGGGACAGAGCUUCUUCUAUUACCUCUGGGUCUUUAUGCUUGUUGUCCAGAUCUCGGCCAUGACCAUCUAUCCCAUCCUCAUUGUUCCUUUGUUCAACAAACUUGAACCCCUUAAGCCCGGAAAGCUUAAGGAUUCGGUUGAGGCUCUUGCAUCGAAGCUUCAAUUUCCCCUCAGCGAACUUCAAGUCAUUGACGGAAGCAAGCGCAGUGCUCACAGCAAUGCCUACUUCACUGGUCUGCCCUGGAUCGGAAAGAAGAAGAUUGUCAUUUACGACACGCUCCUCGAAAAGAGCACGGAAAAGGAGGUCGAGGCUGUUCUUGCCCAUGAACUUGGGCAUUGGCAGAUGAACCAUACCUCUAGGCUUCUGUUCAUCAGCCAAGCGCACAUGUUCUACAUCUUCGCCCUCUUCUCAGUCUUUAUCAACAACAAAUCCCUGUAUGCCGACUUCGGUUUCAUCAAAGAGAGGCCCGUCAUGAUUGGCUUCCUUCUGUUCAACGAGAUCUUGUCACCAACGGAUUCCAUCAUCAAGCUUCUACUUAAUAUCUGGACGCGCAGCAUGGAAUACGAAGCCGAUGCUUUCGCUGUGAAGCUCGGUUAUGCCACUGAGUUGGGUGCCUCGUUGAUCAAGCUCCAGAUUCAAAACCUUUCCAGCAUGGAUGCAGACUGGUUCUACUCGAGUUUCCACCACUCUCACCCCAUUUUGACGGAGCGUUUAAAGGCCAUGGGAUGGGUAGGCGACAAGAAGAUCACCUCUGAGAAAGCAAAGGACGAAGAGAAGCCUGUGAAGGCUGGUGACAGGGAGCUCUGA